AUGCUGUUUGAAACGUCUCACAAGCUGUUGGCCCUUGGUGGUAUAAGUGGCAUCAGUGCCCACAUACUGAUCUAUCGUCAUGGCGAAUGGGACCUGCAUGCUCCGGCUAUAUUUGUGUCCUACGCCUCCAUACUGCUGAGCGCGGUGAUUUUGGAGCAUGCUGCAGCCUGGACUGGUGCCCCAUACUCUAUUCCUCUUGUCAACACAGUCCUUUGGCAUAUCGCGGGGAUUUAUAUUAGUAUGCUCAUUUAUCGAGGGUUCUUCCACCGUCUCUCUGAGUUCCCCGGCCCGUUUUUCGCCCGACUGUCAAAUUUCUAUGUGACUGCUCUUUCGGCGAAGAAGCUGCAAUUAUACAAUGAAGUACAGAAGCUGCAUCGACAGUAUGGGGAUUACAUUCGCAUCGGCCCGACUGAAAUAUCUAUUGUUGAUCCAAUGGCUGUAACGGUUUUGCACGGGGUUGGCACCAAAGUCCACAAAGGGCCUUGGUAUACGGUAUUAGAACCGCGAAUAAGCCUCCAAAUGGACAGGAACAAAAAGUCCCAUUCCCAGAAUAGGAAGAUUUGGGAUCAAGGCUUCAGCUCUCAAGCUCUUCGUUGCUAUGAGCCACGAGUUAAGAAAUAUACCAGUCAGCUCAUGGAUGCGAUCGACAAGAGAAUCGGGACCCCCAUCAACAUGGCAACUUGGUUCAAUUAUUUGAGCUUUGAUGUCAUGGGGGAUAUGGCGUUCGGAAAAUCUUUCGAUAUGCUCAGCACUGGGCAGGAGGCCUAUCUGCUGAAACAGGUGCACACUGAUAUGAAAACGAUUGGUCUUUUUAGCCAUUUGACAUGGUUAUUUCCCUUUUUCAAAAGAACACCAGGGAUUAACGCGGAUUACCUCAAACAAUGGAAUUGGAUCGAUUCUCAAGUCCAAGAAAGGUCAAAGAAUCGCCCAGAACUACCAGACGUAUUUUCGUGGAUCUUGGAUGCAUAUGAGAAGACUGAAAAAACCAAGCAGAAUUACCUGAACCUCCAGGGCGAGGCAUAUCUUAUUGUUGUUGCAGGAAGUGACACAACCGGCUUUGCAUUGAGCAAUGUUUUGUUCUAUCUUGUCAGGGACCAGUCGCGUUAUAAGGCGCUUCAGGAGGAACUAAAAGAUUUCCAGUCGGAGCUGUCUUACGACAAACUAGCAACCUUCAGCCUCCUCAAUGCUGUCAUAAAUGAAACACUUCGUCUGCAUCCAGCUGUACCAUCUGGCGUCCAACGCACGACUCCCCCCGAAGGUAUCAUGAUCGGCGAGAAAUGUAUUCCUGGGAACACGAUGGUCAGCAUACCGAUGCAUUCUUUAUUCAGAGACGCGCGACUCUUCCCUCGACCUGACGAGUUUAUACCUGAGAGAUGGACUACACAGCCUGAGCUCGUGAAGGAUCCAUCUAUAUUUGUACCAUUUAGUACUGGAGCAUAUUCAUGUGUUGGAAAGCAGCUUGCUCUAAUGGAGCUUCGUCGAGUCACGGCAGAGAUCGUCACUCGUUAUAACGUGACCUUCGCACCGAAUCAGACGGAGGAUCUCUAUCUAAAUGGAGAACAAGAUACAUUUACCGCGGUUGCUGCUCCCCUGGAGGUGAUAAUGACGAAGCGGUAA